AUGAAGCUGAUAAUAACAUUUAUAUGUAUAAUAAACUUCUUCGUAUUUGUGAAUUCAAAUGAACAAUUCAUAUUUCCUCCCAAAUUCCAAACACCUGGCACAUUUGUUUCUGAAGGUUCUUUAUACUUACCUCCUGAGUCCCACACUCCUAUCCCGUAUUUUCCCGUUAAUAAAUUUGGUAGUCUUCCUUUUCCGUAUUUACCUCCUGCUCCAACUGGCACCAAAUCACCAAUUCCAUUCCCAUCGCCAUUUCCUAUACUUUUAUCUUCAACUAGAGCGCAACAUUUUGACGAUGAUGAUGAUGAUGACAAAGGUGAUGAUGAACGGAAAAGUAAACCACCUAUGUCUACUCCAAGACCUCCUUUUCCAUACACUAGAAAUAACAGAACCGAAAAUCUUCAAGAACAACAAACCCUACAUAAAAGGGACAUGAGGCAAAUUCAAAAACCCAUGCAUUACCAGCAACCAAUCGAUAGAGUUGAUGUGCGAGUACCAAAUCAAUUUCCUUCUGGAUUUUCAACACCAUCACCUAUAAAUCAAAAGCCAACACCAAGAUCUAUGAUCAUAUCAGACACUCAUAGAAAUGAUAACAUAUUUGAUCAAUUAAAAGCCGGUUCAUCACAAGGUGGAGUGUACGUGCCACCUCUAGGUGGUUUUAUUUCAUCAACUACAGAACCAGCAAUACCCAUUCUUCGAUUGUCUAAUGAAAUGGAUUUAGAUGGAAGCUUCAGUUACGAAGCACUAGGCGCUGAUCAAACUCAUUAUGUGCAACAUAGUCAUAUGGAAAAUCAAGGAACUGAAAAAGAAGAACAAGUAGUAGAAGGUUCAUACUCUUAUGUUGGAGAUAAUGGUCAAACGUACACUGUGCAUUAUGUAGCAGAUUCUAAUGGAUUUCGAGCUAGUGGAGAUCACCUUCCUGUAGCGCCACCCAUUCCAGAAAUUAUUCAAAGGGCCAUUCAAUAUAACUUAGCUGAAGAAGCUAAAAAGCCUCCACAUUUGAAAUCUUGGCAACCUGACGAACAUGAACGCGAUUACAACGAGAUACACGAUAAAAAUCAACGGUUUGCCAUUCCACCUCCACCGCGCAGUUUAUUUACAGGAAGAACUCCGGAAGCCUUUUCAUACGAUAUAUCACAACGAUCAAAUACACAAAAUAAUUUAGAAGCAGCAGCUAGUUCACAAACCCCAGUAAAAACUGUCGAUUUUGUGAACAACCAACAAACAAAUAACGCAGGAACUAUUACACCUCAAGUAACCUUCUUAGCUUCACAGGGAGCACAUGUCCCUUCUGCCAAUAACCCACAACAAACAGUAUCAAGAAUGUUUACAAAUGAUAAAUCAAUACCUUCUUUACCUCAAUUGGUUAAUUACGAAGCCGAUGACAGUAAUAAAGCACUAUGGAGAUGGCAAUAUGGCUUAAGUUCAAAUAAUCAUAUGAAUAAUGUAAAUCAGGCUCCAGAAAAAAAUAGCAUAUCUCGAUCUUCAGGAGAUGAUGUGGUAAUUAAUUUCAAUGAUAUGACGCCAGAUCAAUAUUCAAAAAUGUUACAAAACCAAAUCUCUUCAGCUACCACAAAUACUAUUGAUAACAACUCCCCACACAAAAUAAAUACAAAUAGCGUUUCGCCAUCAGCAGAAACAAUACAAAACCAACAACACUCAGAAGAUUGGUAUAAGAACUUAAUGAAUAGCAAUCAAUUUAGUGAUUAUUAUCAACAAACAUAUCAACAACAACAAGCACAGCCACAACAGCUAUCGAAUAACCUUCAAGUCAAUGACAUGCAAGACUAUAAGUCUACGCCAAAUAAUCAACGCGAUAGCAAUUUUGAUGCAAAUUACUCUUACCUGCAAGAAAAGCAUAAUAAACUAGAAACAACUACUACAAGACAUCUAGCCCAUUUGCAUGGCACCAACAUAUUUCCCACAACGACUCCCGCAGAUGUUAUUCCAAACAAAUUUGUUACGCAAGAAUAUAACUAUGAAGACAUCAGCUAUGAACCCAGAAGAAUAAAAGCCUCUAAUCAAUAUACAACUACAAAACCAAGUUUUAACAAUAGAAAUUACAUAACAAAUGAUGAAUACAAUAAAAUGAAUACACCUAGCUAUUCCACGCAAAGUUUAUUGGAUAUUGAAAGAGGCACUACUUUUGUAGUCACACAAGCACCAACAUCAACUACUACAUCAACUAUAAUGAAAUUUACAGAUUUUAUUAGCCCCGAUAAUAAAGACAGCUUUAAACCCAUAGUUAAGAAAGUAAAUGAAGAUAAACUUCAUGAUUCAAAAGAAAUUAUAGAGGAUUCGAAUCUAGCUAAUAACAUAUUUUUGAAAAAUCUUCUAAAACCCAAAAUAAAUGAACCAGAAGAAUCAAAUAAAAUUAAUGAAAAUACAGAAAAACAGAUGCACAAAAAGAAAUCUCUAGUAGCUCUGAAAGUAAAAGAUUGCGUGCAAACAUCUCUUCGCUCAUUCGCUAUCCGCACUGAAAGCGUAACGGGAGAAACCACGCGUUUGUUCUCAGGGAGCAUUAUCAUUAUCAAGCGAGACAAUUAA